AAUCAGACGUGCCUUCUUAUUAACAGUAAUGUGUUGUUGGCAGUUGCUAGGCUCCGUGGAUAACGGAAAACGAUCCGGUUGUCUUUGCGACAGCUGCGCCAACAUGAAACACCUUUUGGAAAGGGGUCAAAGUUGGAAAGCUGUCUGUUUCCACUUUCAUAUACAAUUUACAAAGCAGAGCUAGCUAGCUGUAACUGUCGCCAAGGCUGCUGUAUCUCUGUACAGUAUUUUGACAUUUGAGUACUACGCUUCCCAGAAUGCAAACGUCUUUACAGUUUACGCCCAGUCGUCACGUUCACCAAUAGCUUGAGCGGUCACUGUACCAAAUUCAGAAAUGGUGUCAGUCGUUCAGCUAUAAUUCCCUUAUUUCUUUUACUCUGUGGUUACUUUUCAUUUCUGUAACGAUGCCGGGGAUGUGCUCAGUGCCGGGCUGUAAGGGCUACAAGAAGGCCAGGUCCCGGGGAGUCGUCUUCCACUCUCUGCCCACCAGAGACCCGGAGCGAUGCAGAAAGUGGUUAAAGGCCAUACAGAGCCCCAAAUUUGACGAAAACACACCAGUGAGUAAAUACGGCAAUAUACGAGUCUGCAGCCAACAUUUUAAACCGGAAGACUACGAGCCGGACAUACAGGCAGAACUUAUGAAAACAACUCCCCGAAAAAUCCUCAAGUCCAACGUCAUUCCGACUGUAUUCUCUGGAAGACAGCAAGAGGACCUCUGCACAUACCUGCCAGCUGAUGACAGGAGCCCAACACAGGUUAAGGUUCCCAGUACAGCUGCUCAAGACUCUACAUCAGUGGUUUCAGUUUGCACUGUGAACAGUAUGUUUCGAUGGGCCUCUGUGUCAGCUUCAGGUCCAAUAACAUCUUCACAAACUUCUUCCUUGGGUGUCCAAAGUACUGUUGUGGAUACUGCAUCACCUUCUCCCUCCCUGCCAAUUCUUAUUGCCUCAGGAGCACCAAGCACCUCAUCCCAGCCCCCUUCCCCAGCUGAACUCAGUGAAAGCUCGUGCAGUAUGGCAUCUGCAGGUCGUCUGAAUGAGAGCUUCCACAAAGAGGCCGAGUUAAGCUCGACAGCGCCAUCACAAUCAGGCAGAAGCACAGAAAAAGACUUGAGUCAAUCAAAGACUAUUGUAAACGACAGCUGUUUGAUGGAGCUGUUUAAGAAGUGUCAGACGUGUGGACAGCCCAUAACCAAAAAGAAGGUGUCUCACUGCGGGGCACAGAAGAAGGUGAGGUGGAGCUGCCUCAGCGGACACAGGGGCAUAUGGAUGUCAUCACCUCACCUUAGGGAGGCGUUUCCCGAAAUCCAUCUCCUAACAACUCUUUCUGUUCUUUUUUCUGGAGCCACUUUUACACACUUUAAAAAAUGGGCCAAACACCUACACCUGAAUUUUAUGGGACAUAAAACCUUUUUUGAAAUCCAAAAGGCAUACCUCAACCCAGAAAUGAAGGAGAUGAACAGGACUGAGCAGGAAGGGAUCUUUGUGAAGGACAUACACCAACAGCCUGAAGGCACUCUUCCUCACAUCUCAGAUCCUCUGAAGAAAAUAAAGGCCAAGUUGAGGAGAAGAGAGAAGGGAGCUCUGUCAUCAAGGUCAAGUUAUGAGAUGAGAUCCUCGACACUGAUGAAUUCUACCGGAACAUCAACGCAAGUGCCAACUGCACCGUCAAAACUUGUACAUCUAUCAGCCUCUGAAAGCGGUAAACGGCACCAGCAAGAGGAUGUUGAACAUCAGAGUGAAACCAGACAUUUGGCGUCAGAGGUGGACGGGCUUCAGGACAGUUUUGAGGAGAUGGAGGUCACCAUUGACGACGAUGAAUGCAACAGUGUGAAGAACAGACUAUCUGACUUGGAUAGUGAUACAGAAACCGCGUCAGAAACAACUGAGCUGAGCGCUCCAGGAGCUGAUAACAGCUGUGAUGGAGAUGUCUACAUACCAGUAAUGCCUCAGAGAUCUGACUUGGAGAGCGAUAUGGAAAGCACCACAGAAUCGACUGAGCUGAGUGCUCCAGGAGCUAAUAACAGCUGUGAUGGAGACGUUUACGUACCAGUAAUGCCUCAGAGAUCUGACUUGGAGAGUGAUAUGGAAAACGCCACAGAAACAACUGAGCUGAGUGCUCCAGGAGCUGAUAACAGCUGUGACGGAGACGUUUACGUACCAGUAAUGCCUCAGAGUCAAAAAGCAUCUGAACUUAAACUGGAGUGUGAAGAAGAGGAGCUGGAGCCAUGGCAGAAACACACUUUACAUGUUCGCUUGAAAGAAGAGCAUGAUGUUGGAGAGUUGAGUGAUGACAAAACAGAUUGUAAACCAGAUCCUUCGUCUCUUCAGAGCUGGGCAGCUGGUCAGUACAUUGUGACACCUGAGGCCUGUGGCGCUGUCCACACUUUUGAGGGACAUCAAAUCAGCAACAACCCCGUGUCCUUAUCCAGUGUCCAGAGUCCUGAAGUAUAUGCGACAUCAUCUAACAAACUGCAGUCAGACCAGUCCAACUCACAGACCCUCUCUGUACCUUUUCCUCCACCGUACCUUACUGAGAUUAAACUUGAACCAACUGAAACAUGAAACAUAAAAUAAUAACCUGAAACAUAAGGGGAAGUUCACAAGUUACAAUUACACACAAUUUGUUGUCGAACAUAAAUGUGUCAUAUCUGAUGCACAAAUUGAUAAAUUGCAGAUUAUUUGCACAUCUAAGUGUUGUCUCCUCUGACAUGACAACAGUCUGGGGAACCCUGUUCACAACACCUGUCACCUCAUUUACCAAGUCCACAUAAAACAAAUCAGUUUUGUAAAACUUUGGUACCAGUCUUUCGGUCAUAUGCUACCUCAUAUGUACAGGUUUGUAAUAUAGUGUAUAGUGAAAUAAAUUCUUAAAUUAAAACCCAUUUCCAUGUGAUUUAUUGUUUCAAUCAAAUGAAUGGUGUUGGUUCACAGUUUAUCUCUAAUAUAUUACAGAGUUGAACCUGGACUCUAUUUUCCCAUGCUCCUCCACCUUGUUCAGACCAAAGCAGCAGCCCUGAGAGGAAAUGCAUGUUUACUUUUGGAUUUUAUGAGUCACACCACCCAUGUGACCUGGAUGUGGUCAGAGGCAGUGCAGGUGAACUUGGGUCACUCUGUAGUGUACUGUAUGCAUCAAUUACGGAGGGCAAACUCAACAUGUUUUCUAGCCCUCACACCCGUAACUUCUGAUCCUGUCUGUCACAAACAUGCUUGAAGACCAUUGUAGUUAAAGUGGACACAUUAACUUAUCACAGAUUACAUCAUUUAAAAACAUUUGACAUCAAGGAUCUGUGCUACCAAUAUUGUCAAUGCUGUUCUCAAAGUUGUAACUCACUGAAGCCAUACUGUACUUAACUACAGUUGUAGAGCCCAGUCUUGUUUGACCCAGUAUCCAGUACAUCCUGCCCCUGAUAAUCAGGUAUGAACAACAUGACUUGGGUGGGGAAAAAUACAUGGACUAUGUACACUAUGUCACUUUUUGCUUUGGAUGGGGAACUUUAUCAUAAUGCUUUAUCUGAGUUUUACUUUUGUCAGGAAGUGCUCAGCCUUCAUAUCCUUGAGAUGAUGGAUCUCUGUACACAGAGCGCAGAUAAGGCCUAGAUAAACCCUGAAGAUAAAUGUGAUAAAAACUGAAAAGUGAGUAUGGUGUUUCAAAAAGCAUCUCGCUGAUUCAUAAAUUAACAAUUACAUCAAAAUAAAGAACAAUAUGGAAACCCUCUAGAUUGAGUAUUCCUAUUUUAGCAAAAAUAAGUAGAUAGGCUAUGAUAAUCAAACAGCUACAGUUAUAGGUACUGUCUCUUACAAGGGCCUUUGUGUGAGGUUUAAAGGUCCAGUGUGUAGGAUUUAGUGGCAGUUAGUGGUGAGGUCUCAGAACUGAAACGUCUCCCAUGAGCCAAGCGUGCGGGGUAGGAUGCAAUGCACUGAACCCCCAACUGCCCAGAGUGUCUGUCCAUGGGCGGCCCCCUCACUCUGAUAUCUCUCCAUUUAAUACAUGUAUAGGUCCUGUUUGUGCAUGUGCGUAUUUCAGGCCUGUGUGUAUAUGACAACAGAGUGAAAACAAUUGAAUUUCUCCUCAGGGAUUGAUAAAG